AUGGAGUCUCUCCUGCUGCCCGUGCUGCUGCUGUUGGCCGUACUGUGGACACAGGCAGCCGCCCUCAUUAACCUCAAGUACUCGGUAGAAGAGGAACAGCGCGCCGGGACGGUAAUCGCCAACGUGGCCAAGGACGCUCGUGAGGCGGGUUUCGCUCUGGAUCCACGGCAGGCCUCUGCCUUUCGUGUGGUGUCCAACUCAGCUCCGCACCUGGUGGAUAUUAACCCCAGUUCGGGCUUGCUUGUCACCAAGCAGAAGAUCGACCGCGACCUGCUGUGCCGCCAGAGCCCCAAGUGCAUCAUAUCGCUUGAGGUCAUGUCCAGCUCAAUGGAGAUAUGUGUGAUUAAGGUGGAGAUCAAGGAUCUGAACGACAAUGCGCCCAGCUUUCCGGCGGCACAAAUUGAGCUGGAGAUCUCAGAGGCAGCUAGUCCGGGCACGCGCAUCCCGCUGGACAGCGCCUAUGACCCGGACUCCGGCAGCUUUGGCGUUCAGACGUAUGAGCUCACGCCUAAUGAGCUGUUUGGCCUGGAGAUCAAGACGCGUGGCGAUGGCUCACGAUUUGCGGAACUUGUAGUGGAGAAGAGUCUGGAUCGAGAGACGCAGUCGCACUACAGCUUUCACAUCACUGCGCUCGACGGCGGCGACCCACCGCACCUGGGCACUGUUGGCCUCAGCAUCAAGGUGACCGAUUCCAAUGACAACAACCCGGUGUUUGGCGAGUCCACCUAUGCAGUGAGCGUGCCAGAGAACUCACCUCCCAGUACACCGGUCAUCCGUCUCAAUGCCAGCGACCCAGACGAAGGCACCAAUGGACAGGUGGUCUACUCCUUCUACGGCUAUGUCAAUGACCGCACGCGCGAGCUUUUCCAGAUCGAUCCGCACAGUGGCCUCGUCACAGUCACCGGUGCCCUAGACUAUGAAGAGGGCCACGUGUACGAACUGGACGUGCAGGCCAAGGACUUAGGACCCAACUCCAUCCCGGCACACUGCAAGGUGACCGUCAGCGUUCUGGACACCAAUGACAACCCACCGGUCAUCAACCUGCUGUCAGUUAACAGCGAGCUGGUGGAGGUGAGCGAGAGUGCCCCUCCAGGCUACGUGAUUGCGCUGGUGCGGGUGUCUGAUCGGGACUCUGGCCUCAAUGGGCGCGUGCAGUGCCGUUUGCUGGGCAACGUGCCCUUUCGGCUUCAGGAGUAUGAGAGCUUCUCUACUAUCCUGGUGGAUGGACGGCUGGACCGUGAGCAGCAUGACCAGUACAACCUCACGAUCCAGGCGCGUGAUGGCGGUGUGCCCAUGCUGCAGAGUGCUAAGUCCUUUACAGUUCGAAUAACUGACGAGAAUGACAACCACCCGCACUUCUCCAAGCCCUACUACCAGGUCAUUGUGCAGGAGAACAACACGCCCGGUGCCUACCUGCUUUCCGUGUCUGCCCGAGACCCUGACCUGGGUCUCAAUGGCAGUGUCUCCUACCAGAUCGUGCCAUCGCAGGUGCGGGACAUGCCUGUCUUCACCUAUGUCUCUAUCAACCCCAACUCCGGUGACAUCUACGCGCUUCGAUCCUUCAACCACGAGCAGACCAAGACAUUCGAAUUCAAGGUGCUGGCCAAGGAUGGCGGCCUGCCCUCGCUGCAGAGCAACGCCACCGUUCGGGUCAUCAUCCUCGACGUCAAUGAUAAUACUCCGGUCAUCACGGCCCCACCCCUGAUCAAUGGCACUGCAGAGGUCUACAUCCCCCGCAACUCUGGCAUAGGCUACCUGGUGACGGUCGUCAAAGCAGAUGACUAUGAUGAGGGCGAGAACGGCCGGGUCACCUACGACAUGACCGAGGGCGACCGUGGCUUCUUUGAAAUAGAUCAGGUCAAUGGAGAAGUCAGAACCACUCGCACCUUUAGUGAGAGCUCAAAGGCUUCUUAUGAGCUUAUUGUGGUGGCCCACGACCAUGGCAAGACGUCUCUCUCCGCCUCUGCACUCCUAUUAAUCUACCUGUCCCCUGCUCUUGAUGCCCAAGAGUCAAUGGGCUCGGUGAACUUGUCCCUCAUUUUUAUUAUUGCCCUGGGCUCCAUUGCGGGCAUCCUCUUUGUCACUAUGAUCUUCGUGGCGAUCAAGUGCAAGCGAGACAACAAAGAGAUCCGGACCUACAACUGCAGUAAUUGUUUAACCAUCACUUGUCUCCUCAGCCGUUUUAUAAAAGGACAAAACAGCAAGUGUCUGCAUUGCAUCUCGGUUUCUCCCAUUAGCAAGGAGCAAGACAAAAAGGCAGAGGAGAAAGUGAGCCUGAGGGGAGAGAGAAUCGCUGAGUACUCCUAUGGGCAUCAAAAGAAAUCAAGCAAGAAGAAAAAAAUCAGUAAGAAUGACAUUCGUCUGGUACCCCGGGAUGUGGAGGAGACAGACAAAAUGAAUGUUGUCAGUUGCUCCUCCCUGACCUCUUCCCUCAACUAUUUCGACUACCACCAGCAGACACUGCCCCUGGGCUGCCGCCGCUCUGAGAGUACUUUCCUGAAUGUGGAGAACCAGAAUACCCGCAAUACCAGCACCAACCACAUCUAUCAUCACUCUUUCAACAGCCAAGGUCCCCAGCAGCCAGACUUGAUCAUCAAUGGUGUGCCUCUGCCUGAGACUGAAAACUAUUCCUUUGACUCCAACUAUGUGAACAGCCGAGCCCAUUUAAUCAAAAGCAGCUCCACCUUCAAGGACUUAGAGGGCAACAGUCUGAAGGAUAGUGGUCAUGAAGAGAGCGACCAGACUGACAGUGAACAUGAUGUCCAGCGGAGCCUAUACUGUGAUACUGCUGUCAAUGAUGUGCUGAACACCAGUGUGACGUCCAUGGGAUCUCAGAUGCUUGACCAUGGCCUGCACAGUUCCAUCUGUGUAAACAUGAUUGAAGAACUUAGGUAUUGUCUAAUGGAGGACUGCAGUUUGGGAGAGGCCCAUCAUGGCUGGGCGAGAGCCAGACAUUCUUCUACCUACUCCAAUUCACACCCUGAGCAGCGGGUCAAGCAUAGCAUACCUUCAAAUGAUGAAGAUUCCUCAAAGAAUAGAUUAAUUGGUCUCACUUCUGAAUUUGUCUAA